CUCGUAUAAGUCUCGAACGAGGCCUGUCGCACUUCGUGCUGACCAUCAUUCUCAAGCCUACAACCAAAUCGAGGCCAGAUUUAGCUGACACCAAAACAAGAUGGCCCGCUGCCUCAGUCACCAGGACUACACGGUUGGGUGGGUAUGCGCCCUGCCAGACGAGCUGACUGCGGCGCAGGAGGUGCUUGACGAAGAACACCAAGACCUUCCUCCGAGCUAUAACGAUUCGAAUAUAUACACCCUGGGAUCCAUAGGGGCCCACAACGUCGUCCUAGCGUGUCUGCCUGCAGGCCAGACAGGUACCAACUCGGCUGCGGCAGUGGCCAUACAGAUGAAGAACACGUUUCCGGCCAUACGCUUUGGGCUGAUGGUGGGAAUCGGAGGCGGCGUCCCAAGCAAAGAAGCCGAUAUUCGGCUCGGCGACAUUGUUGUGAGCCAGCCGGGAAACAGUCAUGGCGGAGUAGUACAAUACGACUUCGGAAAGUCAACACCAAGCGGGUUCGAGCGGACUGGGUUCCUUAAUACUCCACCUACAAUCCUCCUCGCUGCCGUUACGAAGCUUCGAUCCAACCUCGACCGAGGCAGAAGUAGUCUGUCGCCACACCUAUCGAAGCUUGGUAACCUCCCCAAGUUCGGCCGCACCCAAGCAGGGAGCGAUAUAUUAUUCGAAGCGGAGUGCAAUCAUGGCGGUGAGGAUAGCUGUCGAUCAUGCACGGCCGGGAGAAGGAUGCAGAGGAAGGAGCGGGCGAACAAUACACCAAUGAUUCACUACGGUACCAUCGCAUCAGGGAACCAGGUGAUGAGGGACGGUGUGGAACGGGACAAGAUUAGCUUUGAAUUUGGGGGAGUCCUCUGCUUCGAGAUGGAGGCGGCCGGCCUGAUGAAUAACUUCCCGUGCCUAGUGAUCCGCGGCAUCUGCGACUACUCUGACUCGCACAAGAACAAGAGAUGGCAGCCGUACGCGGCGGGAACAGCAGCGGCAUAUGCGAAGGAGUUGCUAGGAGUAAUACCGGCGGCGGAUAUAGUGAACACAAGAACUGUCGAUGACGCACUACGAGAGACAAAACGAACUUUCUACCUGCCCCUGCAACGAAAUCACAAGUUUGUCGGCCGAAGUGCAGAACUCAAUACCCUGAAACAAAAGCUCCUUGUAUGGAAAGAUUGCCAAAAGGCAACACUUAGCGGUCUCGGUGGUAUUGGUAAGACACAAGUCGCGCUACAGUUCGCAUACUCCGUUAAGGCAGACUGCCCAGAAUUUUCUAUCUUCUGGGUACAAUCGCUGAGUAUGGAGACAUUUGAGCUAAGCUGCUCGGAGGUAGCAAAAAUAUUGGGAAUACGUCAGGCUCAAGAGAACAGCGAAGACGUAAAAAUCCUAUUACGGCAACAUCUAUCCGCAAAGAGCGCAGGAAAGUGGUUGCUAAUUGUUGACAAUGCCGACGACCUUGACUUACUUCGUGGGACCCACCAAACCGAAGGCUUGCUGUCCUUUCUGCCAGAAAGCAAUGAUGGGCUGACUAUGUUCACAACUAGACAUGGAGCUGUGGCACAAUACCUAACAGGCAGCGAUGUGGUUGAGAUAGGAAAGAUGGCGACAUACGAAACAAGGGACUUGUUGGAGAAGUCCUUAAUCCGAAAGGAUCUUGCUGAUGACUCCGAGUCCGUGAAAACCCUUCUCACAGAGCUGGAAUACCUCCCGUUAGCUAUUACCCAGGCGGCAGCAUAUAUUAACGCAAACAAAAGCUCUAUCUCUGAGUAUUUACGGCUAUUAAAGAAGACAGAGCAGGAUGCGGUUACACUUAUAAGCACGGAUUUUGGCGAUACAACAAGAUACCGGAACUUGCCGAAUGCGAUAGCGAAAACAUGGUCGAUAACCUUCAACGGGAUUCUUGAAUGGGAUAGAUUAGCCGCAGAUCUCCUUGCAUUUAUGUCCUGCAUUGAAUGGAGGGCAAUCCCAUACUCUAUCUUACCAACAGCCGAUCCCGAAGCACGGCUGGCAGGAGCUAUCGGUACACUCUGCUCCUACUCAUUUCUUGAAAGAAGAGACGACGGCACUACACUCGACAUGCAUAGGCUCGUCCACUUAGCGACCAGGGUGUGGGUGAAUCAGAAGCGUUGUGAAAUAGACACAAGGAUGGAGGCAUUGAAACACCUGUUAAAAGUCUUUCCCUCCGACGAUUACACUAACCGUGAAAUCUGGCGGGCUUACCUGCCCCACGUGGCACACAUAGAGAGGGAUAAGCAAUGCAAAGACACAGAGGAGAUGAGUAAGCUAUGUUUAAAGGUCGGGCGGUGCCUAUACGUUGAUGGUCGGAUGCAAGAAGCUGUUCUCUGGUUACGGGAGUCUUGCGAGUGGAGAGAUAGUAAUCUUACCCAGGAUAGCGCGGAUCGACUGGUGUCAAAGCAUGAGCUCGCGGGAGCAUAUCGAGCAAACGGACAGAUCAAGGAGGCAGUUAAACUCCUAGAGCAUCAUGUUAUCACGAUAGAAUCUAAAGUGCUCGCAGAAGACCAUCCCUCACGACUGGCGUCACAGCAUGUGCUCGCGGGAGUAUAUCAAGCAAACAGACAGAUCAAGGAGGCAGUCAAACUCCUAGAGCAUAUCGUCGCGAUAGAAUCUAAAGUGCUUACAGAAGACCACCCUGAUCAACUGGCGUUACAGCAUGAGCUCGCGGGAGCAUAUCGAGUAAACGGACAGAUCAAAGAGGCAGCAGUCAAACUCCUAGAGCAUGUUGUCGCGAUAGAAUCUAAAGUGCUCGCAGAAGACCACCCUGAUCAACUAGCGUCACAGCAUGAGCUUGUGGGAGUAUAUCAAGCAAACGGACAGAUCAAGGAGGCAGUCAAACUCCUAGAGCAUGUUAUCACGAUAAAAUCUAAAGUGCUCGCAGAAGACCAUCCCUCACGACUAGUAUCGGAGAGAGCCCUCGCUACUUUCUACAAGGAUCCAAUGACAUCAGCGUCUAAAACUCCGCAAGCGAUGUCCGACAACAACACUACUUCCACCGCCUUGUCAGACCAAUCACCAGCAGAGCAGGAACGGAAGUCAAGCUACACAUCGAAGAGGAGGCUUUUCAUGAGGCAGUUAAAGGGCAUUUUAAAGGCGGGCGCUGAUUAG